ACAGGCACAGCAUCACACCUUUGGGAGUGCCUUUUAACCUUUUCUCCCACCGCCCACCGACCGAUCCAGACGUCAGAUGUCAGCCCCGUGAGCGUCUGGCUUCAGCAAGUUACAUUCGUUUACCGAGACGCAGCUACCAUGACUUUCACCGAACGAAAGACAAGGUGCUUGGGCGUCUUCGCCCUGGUACUGUCAUCAUGGGCGACGAUGGCACAGGCUGCACCAGAGCCCGAAAUCCUCAUGCCUCGCCAAUUGACCCAGAACCUCUGCUCUAACCAGAAUACGGCAUCGAUGAGCGCAAAUCUCAGCAUAUGGCAAACAAAUGGGCUCUGCACUGAUUUCUGUCGAGACAAGAACUACGCUUUUGCCAUCGUACAGUGGCAGUCCUGCUGGUGCUCUGAUGUCGCGCCGGCCGCGUCCAGCGAAGCCCAAGUCAGCGACAAGUGCAACGAUAUCUGCCCCGGCUACGACAUCGAACAUUGCGGCUCGAGGCCCAACUACUAUGGAUACUUGACACUGGCAAAGAAUCCUACAAGUACCGCCGGCGGCGAAGGCGACAGCUCAUCGUCGUCCCAGGCAGCGGCCACCCCCACCCCACAAAACACAGUACCGCCCGAUCCGGAAACGACGACAACGUCAACAACAUCUACUCCGAGCAGCAGACCUAAAUCGACGAUCCAAACGGUGACUGCCGACGGAACCGUAAGGACCAUCUUCGUCACUCCGACUGCCACGGGAACCGAGGGAGCAACUGGCGCCUCGGAAAUUACGCCCUCCAACCAAUCGUCAUCCAAGGGACCAAGCACCGGUGCUGUCGUUGGAAUUGUGGUGGGUGUCAUUGCAGCGGUCGUGGCCAUUGCAGGACUGGGACUCUUCUUGUUCUUCAAACGUCGGAGACAACAGCAGAACGAGAAUGACAAGUACGACGAACCCAGCCACCGUGGCAGCUCUGCCGGUAUGACCGGCCCGCCGCGCAACCCCGAAAUGGUUGUCACCGUUGAUGGAGGACGAUGGGAUCCCGACGCCUCAAGCGACCAUCGCCGAAGCCGUCUUCUUGCCCACGACCCUCGCCUGGACCCCCUCCCGAGAGGCCUGUAUGUACGCAACAACAAAAGUGCAGAAAGUAUCAACACUCUCCGCGACGACCAAGAUUAUUCCCGCAAGGUUCACCAGCCGGUCUUGCGGGCAACCAACCCGGAUCCUGACACCUGA